UGGGGAGCGGCCGUUGCCGGGAAGAUGGCGAGCCGCAGCCUCCGCCUGCUGCUCCUCGGUUACUUGGGGGUCCUGAGCUAUCGUAAAGUGUCUGGAAUUUCCAUUGAAACGGAUAACAAAAACGUAAAAGCAGAGGAGUUUAAGGAGGCUAUUCUUAGUUGCAAGCACAAAUUUUCAAAAGGGAUGAGCUUAAGAAUAGAAUGGAAGAAAAUCCAGUCUCAAGGAGUCUCAUUUGUCUACUACAAUGGUGAAUUUACAGGUGAUCUUCGAGGCCGAGCAGAGAUGCUGAAUACAGGAAUCCGUAUUAGAAAUGUGACUAGAAAGGAUUCUGGGACCUACCGCUGUGAAAUCAGUGCAAAGAGUGAAGAGGGGCAACACCUGGGAGAGGCUACUAUUACUCUCACAGUAUUGGUUGCUCCAACUACUCCGAUAUGUGAGGUACCCAGCUCCGCAAUGACGGGAACAGUAGUGGAACUGAGCUGUAAGGAGACUGAGGGGUCUCCUCCAUCUGAGUACCAGUGGUACAAGAACGGUGUUGCCUUACUGGAAAAGACAGGAACAGGCAGUGCUAGAGCAGCAAACAUAACUUACACCAUGAAUAAAAAGUCUGGCACUCUGCUGUUUAACACAGUUACAAAGAAUGACACUGGAGAGUAUUUCUGUGAAGCCUCCAAUGGGAUUGGAUUAUCUCAGAAAUGCUCACUGAAGCGAAUGCAAGUUGAUGACCUUAAUGUAAGUGGUAUCAUCGCUGCUGUAGUAUUUGUGGCUCUGGUAAUGGCACUGUGUGGCCUUGGAGUAUUUUAUGCGCAAAAAAAGGGCUACUUUACAAAGGAAAGCUCUUCCCAAAAGACCAACUAUCAAUCUACAAGUGAAAAGGAUUUCAAGCAUACCAAGUCCUUUGUUAUUUAGAAGAUUUCAGCCUCUGUGAGGGACAUCAAAUGACUACUUGUUAUACAAAAGUAUCAAAGGGAUCUUUUGACCUCUACUCUGUAAAUAUUGUUUCCACGUACUACAUGCUGAACAUAGAAACUGCCAAUGUUUAGAUCUAGUCAACCUAACUGUGAUUGCUUUUUAAAAAUACAAAACCCAAAAAAACUUAAAGAUAGAACUAAAUUGAAUAUACAAGUCAAUUUGUGUCAAGACUUCUCAUUUUGUUCAUGUAUACAUGCAGCAAUACAGAAUUCACUCUUACAGCUUGGAACAAUCUAUUCAAAUAACUUUCACAGAUGACCUUGCUACCACUACUACUUCUACUUAUGCCUCCACCAUUGCCAAGGGCUCAAACUCUCCUGCAAUUCUGACUUACUAGUACCUUGACAUGGUAUUAGAUUUGCCAAAGCCAUCUGUAAGUGCAUAAGUAGUCAUGCAGACUUAAACUCACUCUCCUGACAAUAAAGCUACCUGUAAUUGAGGUUCAAGCAGUGUUUUAUUGUCUAAUAUAAAAUGCCUACAGUUUAUGUUCCACAAGGAGAUGUAUCUCUCUCUGUAGAUUGCAUAUGUAAUUUCAUUCUGAAGAAAACUCAUGCCAGUACAACUCAAGCUGUAGUAUCUGGACCCUAACUGUUGAAGUGUCACAAAUAAAUAGCUCCUCAGAACCUGAAGUGUUCAUGUGAAUAGUUCAGUUACUGAAAUUUAAA